AUGCGCACCGCGCCUUUCCUCUUCGCCGCUCCUUCAGCUGCCCUGGUUACCGUUGGUGUUUGCGAAUUCCCUGCAGCACCUUCUUUGCUGGAGACCAGCGCCGCCGGGCUCUAGCAGCAGUUCGAUACGCGCGCGCCCGCGUCACGUGGUGCGAGUCUCCCUCGCGGUCGCUGGCGGGCGGCUUAGCGGUGAAGAAGCAGCUGCGGCCACCGCUCGCCCUCCCACUGCGCCCUAGGGCGGGUGCGCGGAUAAAUAUGGCGAAGUGGGGGUAGCUGGCGCCGAACCCGACGCGAUGGGGCGAGCAGGUGGGGCGGUCGUCGGAGCCUCCUGAGCCACACGCCGGCGUGGUUUUCGUCGGCGAUUUGACCUGGCGACCUCGGGCCGGCGCCCGAUAGGUCAGACCACGGACUCCGCGGGUCGCCGAGGGCCCCGCCGAGAGCCGGAGGCAAUGGAUGAACAGAGCGUAGAGAGCAUUGCGGAGGUUUUCAGAUGUUUCAUUUGUAUGGAGAAGUUGCGGGAUGCACGCCUGUGUCCUCAUUGCUCUAAGCUUUGUUGUUUUAGCUGUAUCAGGCGCUGGCUGACAGAGCAGAGAGCUCAAUGUCCUCAUUGCCGUGCUCCACUCCAGCUACGAGAACUAGUAAACUGUCGUUGGGCAGAAGAAGUAACCCAGCAGCUUGAUACUCUUCAACUCUGCAGUCUCACCAAACAUGAAGAAAAUGAAAAGGACAAAUGUGAAAAUCACCAUGAAAAACUUAGUGUAUUUUGCUGGACUUGUAAGAAGUGUAUCUGCCAUCAGUGUGCACUUUGGGGAGGAAUGCAUGGUGGACAUACCUUUAAACCUUUGGCAGAAAUUUAUGAGCAGCAUGUUACUAAAGUGAAUGAAGAAGUAGCCAAACUUCGUCGGCGUCUCAUGGAACUGAUCAGCUUAGUUCAAGAAGUGGAAAGAAAUGUAGAAGCUGUACGAAAUGCAAAAGAUGAGCGUGUUCGGGAAAUUAGGAAUGCAGUGGAGAUGAUGAUUGCACGAUUAGACACACAGCUGAAGAAUAAGCUUAUAACACUAAUGGGUCAGAAGACCUCUCUAACACAAGAAACAGAGCUGUUGGAAUCCCUACUUCAGGAGGUAGAGCACCAGCUGCGGUCUUGUAGUAAGAGUGAGUUGAUAUCUAAGAGCUCAGAGAUCCUCAUGAUGUUUCAGCAAGUUCAUCGGAAGCCCAUGGCGUCCUUUGUUACCACUCCUGUUCCACCAGACUUUACCAGUGAAUUAGUACCAUCUUAUGAUUCAGCUACUUUUGUUUUAGAGAAUUUCAGCACUUUGCGCCAGCGAGCAGACCCUGUUUACAGUCCACCUCUUCAAGUUUCAGGACUUUGUUGGAGGUUAAAAGUUUACCCAGAUGGAAAUGGAGUCGUUCGUGGUUACUACUUAUCUGUGUUUCUGGAACUGUCAGCUGGCUUGCCUGAAACUUCCAAGUAUGAGUAUCGUGUAGAGAUGGUUCAUCAGUCCUGCAAUGAUCCUACCAAAAAUAUCAUUCGAGAAUUUGCAUCUGACUUUGAAGUUGGAGAAUGCUGGGGUUAUAAUAGAUUUUUCCGUUUGGACUUACUUGCCAAUGAAGGAUAUUUGAAUCGGCAAAAUGAUACAGUGAUUUUAAGGUUUCAGGUUCGUUCUCCAACUUUCUUUCAAAAAUGCCGGGACCAGCAUUGGUAUAUUACUCAAUUAGAAGCUGCACAAACUAGCUAUAUCCAACAAAUAAAUAACCUUAAAGAGAGACUUACUAUUGAGUUAUCUCGAAGUCAGAAAUCAAGAGAUUUGUCACCACCAGAUAAUCAUCUGAGCCCCCAAAAUGAUGACACUCCUGAGACACGUGCUAAGAAGCCUAUGCCGUGCACCGAUAUGCUUCUCCAGGAUGGUCCUACUACAGCUUCUAUAAGAGAUGUCAAAGAGGAUGAAGAAGAGGAAAAGAUUCAGAAUGAAGAUUAUCAUCAUGAACUUUCAGAUGGAGAUCUGGAUCUGGAUCUUGUUGGUGAAGAUGAAGUGAAUCACCUCGAUGGCAGCAGUUCCUCUGCCAGCUCCACAGCAACAAGUAACACAGAAGAAAAUGACAUUGAUGAAGAAACUAUGUCGGGAGAAAAUGAUGUGGAAUACAACAACAUGGAAUUGGAAGAGGGAGAACUUAUGGAAGAUGCAGCUGCUGCAGGACCACCAGGUAGUAACCAUGGCUAUCUGGGCGCCAGUAGCAGAAUGUCAAGAAGAGCACAUUUAUGUUCUGCUGCUACCAGUAGUUUAUUAGACAUUGAUCCGUUAAUCUUAAUACAUUUGUUGGACCUUAAGGACCGGAGUAGUAUGGAAAAUUUGUGGAGCUUACAGCCUCGCCCUCCUGCUUCACUUUUGCAGCCCACAGCAUCAUAUUCUCGAAAAGAUAAAGACCAAAGGAAGCAGCAGGCAAUGUGGCGAGUUCCCUCUGAUUUAAAGAUGCUAAAAAGACUCAAAACUCAAAUGGCUGAAGUUCGAUGUAUGAAAACUGAUGUAAAGAAUACACUUUCAGAAAUCAAAGGCAGCAAUGCUGCUUCCGGAGACAUGCAGGCAAGCCUUUUUUCUGCUGACCAGGCAGCUCUGGCUGCAUGUGGAACCGAAAACUCUGGCAGAUUACAGGAUUUGGGAAUGGAGCUCUUGGCAAAGUCAUCAAUUGCUGGUUGUUACAUACGAAACUCCACAAAUAAGAAGAGUAAUUCACCCAAGCCAGCUCGGUCCAGUAUAGCAGGUAGUCUGUCACUUCGAAGAGCAAUAGACUCUGGGGAAAAUAGCCGUUCAAAGGGAGACUGUCAAACUCUGUCUGAAGGUUCCCCAGGAAGCUCUCAGUCUGGGAGCAGGCAUAGUUCUCCCCGAGCCUUAACACAUGGCAGUAUCGGUGAUAUUCUGCCCAAAUCCGAAGACCGGCAGUGUCAGGCUUUGGAUUCAGAUGCUGUUGUGCUUGCAGUUUUCAAUGGUUUACCUGCUGUUGAGAAAAGGAGGAAAAUGGUCACCUUGGGGUUGUUUUCUCCCUCUUUGAGGGCUACUGCUAAAGGUGGUCGUCUGGAAGGAAUGCAGAUGACUGAUUUGGAAAAUAAUUCUGAAACUGGGGAAUUACAGCCUGUCCUACCUGAAGGAGCUUCAGCUGCACCUGAGGAAGGAAUGAGCAGUGACAGUGAUAUUGAAUGUGACACUGAGAAUGAGGAGCAGGAAGAGCACACCAGCAUGGGAGGAUUUAACGACUCUUUCAUGGCACAGCCCCCAGAUGAAGAUACGCAUUCCAGUUUUCCUGAUGGUGAACAAAUAGGCCCUGAAGACCUCAGCUUUAAUACUGAUGGAAACAGCGGAAGGUAAUUUUCAAAUCCAGAGAACUGACUUGCAAGCUACCUUGACCCUGAGAUUUGCUGUAGUCGGUGCUCAAUUUGUCAUCGGUCAGAUAAUCAGAUUUGGUCUUAUUUUUUUUCAUCAUCUCUACCUGAAAUAGUAUUUCUGAAACUUUAGAAAGUAGCACAAGUGUAGUAUAUGACAUUAGUACACAGGACAAAAUUAGCAGUGUGGGAAGAAUUUUGUGUAAUGUAAUGAAUUAACAGUGUAGUCCUCAACUAAUUUAGUAAAUCAGUAUAUUCCUAAAAGGCAGUUUGUCUCCUGCAAUAGAAAGGUGGUUAACUGCCGGACAGUGUACGUAGAGACCGUGCAUGCGCUCAGUAACUUGCUCAGUCUCGGUACUCCUCUAUCCUUGGCUAGAUUCUCAGUUGUGUUUAAAUGACCACCUUUAUAGUUUGGGUUUUAAUCAUAGUUUAUAGCUUCAUUAAUGCCUGUAAAUUAGGGAAGAGAAAAAUUACUUAUGUAUAGAUUCUGCCCUGUAGAUACUUUAUGUGAAUAAAUAAAGCAAAAGUAGACUGAAUCUCCUCUUUGGAGUAUGUUGGCUGACUACAAGUUAAUUUAUUUAUCUUUUCUUGUUUGUUCAGGUGUAGACACACUGAUUAAUGGCAUAAUCUUUCUAUUAUAUGACUUUUACAUACAGAAUUUUAAAUGAGUUAAGUUCAUGUGAAUUGGUCAUGUUCCAUAUGAACACACGGAAGAUCAUUUACAAUUAUUUCAGUUUUUCCUGCCUUUUAUUAAACAGCUGUAGUGCAACAAGUAUUUUACAGCCCUCUUGUCUCUUUUAUUUUCAUUAGUUGGACAUUGUUUUCAGUGUCAAUAUGUUUAAAGAUUCCUACACAUUGCACAGUGGUUUACAUGAAACUGUGGUAUAAUGUUUACUUUCAUACUUAAUUAGCCCAAAAUAAUUGCCAAACUUUCCAUUGUGCUCCUGGAUUUGUGUUUGAGCUGCUAUAGCAUUUGUGAAAAAAUACACUGAAAGUUGGCAAGAGACUAUUGAAGAAGCAUGAAUAUAAUACAUGUGAGAGGCAUCUCCUCUACUUAUAUUUUACUUAAUGAAGAUUGUUUGCUUUUCCAUGUCUACUGUCUUGCCAAAUUCUGUGAUUCAUGGUUGGCUUUUGUUCAAAACAGGUCGCACUUUUUGUUAAUAAAAUGAACUUGAGAAAAUA